UACUGACCUCAGCUGCAGUGGAACAGCUCUGGAGUCAGUAGCUCUGAUGUGUCAAACCACUUCCUACACACAACAGCAUGCUCUGCGACGGUGAGCAUUAAGUUUGAUUUCCUGGAUAAAAGCAGAAGAGACGGCAGCCUUUAUUGUCUCUGGCGGAGCCAGUCAGUGGAACGACAAUUUGUUGACCAGAGAGCAAAGUCCUUGCUGCGCACGCAGGGUGGCUCUGCCCAUAGGUCUAACCAUGCAGUAGACAGCUCGUUGGGUCAGCCAACAGCAGCCCAUCGCUUCUGAGAAAUUCUUCAUCAUCCUCGGAGUUGCGGAGAAAAGAUGUGAACAAGUCCCAUGGAGCUCAAGUGCCUUUUGAUGUGGCUCUUGUUUGGAUCCGUCAAGGGAAACAGGGCAGGAAAAUGCCCACCUCCUCCAAGGACUGAAUUUGCUGACGUUGCUGCUGAAACAUAUCCAGUGGAUACCAAACUGUAUUAUGUAUGUGAUGACGGCUACAGGAGGAGAAGCGGGCAGUACUCGGGAAUUCGGUGUCGGAAUAUAUCGGGGACUGUUUCUUGGGUCUACAGGGAAUUUGAAUGCAUUGAUGAGAAAAUUUUGUUGUCAAAUGCUCCCACGGUGGAGUUAAAUUUUACACAGGAGACAAGAAAAACACAGAGCCCUGCACCUCCAAAGCAAGAAAACAUUUCAGGUUUUUGUGGUACACCCAAGACUAUUCCACAUGCCUCUCUAAAAAUGGACAAAGAUUAUUCCGUGGGGCAAGUAUUAUAUUUCAAAUGCCAGGCUGGUUACGAUAAGCGACCUCCUAUCUCUGGCACACGCACGUGCAAGAAGGUGAACGGAAAAACCAUCUGGACACCCCUCAACAUGCGAUGUACCAAUGACAGCAGCAUUAGGGACAAGUGGCUGUCACCCGUUACUGAGCCAGAUCUGCCUGUUUUCCUACAGCAUCCAGUUCAGUGUGUUUCAGGUUCAGCUCAUCCAUCCUUUUCCUCUUCUAUGAUACUGCCAGUGACAGCUAUCUUUUUUGUUCUGUUUACCCAUUCUGCUGUCUUUGUGUGACUCGCCAAGCAGAGAUGGUAAGUGGGAAGGAACCAGGAAAAUAUGAAAUCUAAAAAAAAAAAUCUCUUGUACUGGAAGAGCCAUCAGCCAGAUCAGCCAUCUCAUUAUUGCACUGCUUGGAUUUCUGAAUACUUUUUGUGGUAUUAAAUAAACGACCCUGGAUUUUGGGUUGUCUGGUUCAGCUGUUAAAUGCUCGUACAAGAAAAGCAGGAAUCAGAGCUUUUGAAAUCAAAAAGCAUGCAUAAAACUGCUUUGUCCCAGCCAUUGUGGAACUGAGAAUGACAGUUCAAAUAACGGGUGGAAAAUGAAUCCCGUGAGGAAAUUAAGGUUAAUUAUGCAAAUAUGUUGGUUUCAGAUAGAUUACGCAAUCAGCUUUUUUCUCUCUGGCUGAUCUGUGGGAAGUCUGGUGAAGCAUCUGCCACCACCACCACGUAAUUCUUCUUCCUUCAUCCCCCUGAUUUCUCAGUCAUAUCAUGACAACUUUGUACUUCAGACUUAUUUCAGUCUGGCCUCCUCGCUCUUUCUGUUACCACACUGAGAUGCAUAAAGACUGCUCCUGCUCACAGGCUCCCCAGCCUCGUUAAUCCAAAAUGUCCCAAUUUCACACUUGGGAGUUCUCUUUUUCUCCUCUUUCUUUGCUAAUCCUCAUCCCAAUUUCUCCUCAUGUUCUUCACUAAUGACUAAUGGGCUCUGCUUGUCUGCUGAAUGGGGAUCUUUCCCUACAAGGCAGAGGGAGGAACUUUGUGUAACCACCAUCAGUGCUUUUUGCCUGUUCAUGAUAGGGUAAAGCCAUAGAAAGUGUAGACAACGCUUUGAAACUUGUGUUAGCGAAGAUGGUUAACCAUGGUGCAGAUUGCCUGGGCCACUGUGGGGUUUCUGAGAAUAUGAUAGGAGAAUAAUUACCAAGAAAGUUCUACAUUUCAUUGGCCCUGUGGUGGAGCAAGUGCUGAAAUAGCUGAUCCCAAAAGAAAGGGUAAUUGAGGUCCUAAGUGGUGUCUUCUGCAGAAAGUGCUGGAUGAUUUUUCCCUGUAAAUAUAGAAGAAGCCAUAGAAAACCUGCCUUUUCUCAGCUGUGAUGAUAACUUUCCAGGGAAUUGUGGCAUUCAGAUCUAAGCUUGUGAAAUCAAGGCCUUGCUGCAGAAGAACCGGGUUGCAUCUUACUGGACUCCUUUGUGGUCCAGUAUGCACAUGUGUUUUUCAUUGCUCCCGUCUUCCAAUUAUUGCAAACUAUCUCCACAACAGUUACUACAUUAUUACAUUCCUGCUGUAUUUAGUGAUUAUUCUAUUCUAUUCUAUUCUAUUCUAUUCUAUUCUAUUCUAUUCUAUUCUAUUCUAUUCUAAACUAUCCCAUCCCAUCCCAUCCCAUCCCAUCCCAUCCCAUCCCAUCCCAUCCCAUCCUAUCCUAUCCUAUCCUACUCUUAUCCCAGAUCAGAGAAGGAUGCUGCAGAUUGUGGCAGCAGAUAAUUUGUCUAUGCCUUUUGUAGCUGCAGAGCACCAAAGAGCCUAGCAUAAAGGCAUCUGAGGACAGAUUCAAGCACAACUUCAGCAUAUGCAAUACUUGACAUGUACUUAUGUUAUUGGGAAUUUAUGAGGUCUGAAUAGUCUUCUGCCUCUUUUUAGCUAUGUUUUGCCUGGGAGGAUGGUGUUCAUCUGACAAAAUGUAGGUAGCUAUGCCUGAGACAGACAAUGGGAAGGAACAAGUCCUUUAGGGGAUCACCAUGUUGCCUAUAUAUAUAUGCAUAUAUUUAUUUAUGUCAAAUAUAUUCACACAUAUACACUGCUUUAUAUAUAUACAUGUACUGCAAUAUAUAUACAUAUACAUGUAUAUAUAUAGCUCUGUCUGUAUGUGUACGUAGCUUUACAC